AAAGAAAGAAAAAAAGAAAGAGGAAAGAAAUAAAGGAAGAAAGGAAGGAAGGAAGAAAAGAAAGAAAGAAAGAAAGAAAGGAAGGAAGAAAGAAAGAAGAUAUCAAGUAAAUAUGCUUUCCAUCUCACCAUUGAAUGACUCUGGUGGCUUACAGCAUCGAAAUCUGUAGCAUCAAACCAUUAGAAAAUCAAAACAUAAAAAAAAUAGGUUAAAAUGAACAUCAUUAGAAGAAGGAGGUGGAUACAAAAGUCCAAAUGCUCAAACCAGGUAGAGGUGGGAUGGAUAAAUAGGGUUAAAUAGGGACCAUCUUUAAGGAAGAAUUAUAUGUGCCCCUUUUUGCAAACUGGAUGGGCCUCCUGUAUGCUUCUUUGCUCAUCCCAGGGAAUGAGGAGGGGAGGCGAUUAACCUGCUAAAGCACAUUAUCGCAAUUCCCAUCUGGAGCGAAUGGGAAUUUGUGGCUUGCACAAAGAGCAAGGGGGGGGGAGAGAGAGUCGAGGGAGAGACACAGCCGCUGUUUGCAGAGCGAAGAUGCAUUUAUCCUGAGAAGCGCAGCUGCUUGCAGCUUUCCGGCCCUGGUCUCAGCACCAGGGCAGCUUAAAUCUGUUCCUCCCCUCCUUUGCACAGACACGGAGAGGCUGGUCUGUAGGCUCCUCCUUUUUCUCCUGUGAAAAACGAGUCAAGUUUCCUCUUUGGGUGCAUAGUGGGAGGGUGGUGGUGGGGUUUUUUUUUUUGCUUCACUCUGCCAAGCAGGAAGGUGCCAGUUGCGUCUCCCACACCGCCUCCUGCUUGAAAACAAGCUUGGACACCAGAAGGAGCCACAGCACCUCUCCUUGGGUGCAGCCCUGGUGAGCCAAGCCAUGCAUCUCAACACAACAUCUUCCUUCUACCAGCUGGGAUACCUUAUGGGUGAGUUCCCUCUGCCCUCCGCUAAUUCUGUCCUGCCUGAGGCGGAGAACCUCUCCAACAGCUCUGGGCUUGGGUCCAGGCUACACAACGAGGAGGAUCUGGAUGUGAACACGGACAUCUACUCCAAGGUUAUGGUGACCGUCAUCUACCUGGUGCUCUUCUUGCUAGGGACCGUCGGCAACUCCAUCACCGCGUACACCCUGGUGAGGAAGAAGUCCCUGCAGAAUCUCCAGAGCACCGUGCACUAUCACCUGGCCAGCUUGGCGGUCUCCGACCUGCUUAUCUUCCUUCUCUGCAUGCCCAUUGAACUCUACAACUUCAUCUGGGUCCAUCAUCCCUGGGCUUUCGGCAAUGACAUCUGCAAGUGCUACUACUUCCUGAGGGACGCUUGCACCUACGCGACGGCUCUCAACAUCGCCAGCCUCAGCAUCGAGAGAUACAUGGCCAUCUGUCACCCUUUCAAAGCCAAGAGCAUCAUGUCCAGGAGCCGGACCAAAAAGUUCAUCAGCUGCAUCUGGGUGGCCUCUUUCUUGCUCGCCAUCCCCAUGGUCUUAAUCAUGGGCGAGAUCUACAGGAUACCCCAGAAUCCCAACUCGCUGGUCUGCACCCAGAUUGUGGAAGAUUCCACGCUGAAGAUCGCCAUCCAGGUGAGUCUCUUUACCUGCUUUCUUUUAGCUUAGGGUGAGUAGCUUGUCUCCAUUGUGCCAGAUUCUAGCUGUACACAAUGCCUACAAUUCGGAGAUUAGUUAAUGGCUUUAAAAAAGAGAAAGAGAGAAGCAAAGACAGGCAGAGUGUGGUUUUUCUAUAAAUCCAUAAGCUCUGCCUUGUCAGGACAGAUGGCAGCAGAUGCUUAAACACACACAGUGUCCUAUGUUGUUUGACAGUUUGGAAUUCGUGCGUGCAGCUGGUCCCUGAAGACUUGAGCCAGCUCACUAAACUUUGCAAAACAACCCUCUUCCAUUUGUGUCAAGACUGUUUCACACGGUGCAUUCUUUAGGAGAACAUGGGGAGGGAGGGGUGAAAGGGACGUGCGCUGACAACACUUAUUUCCAAACGGGUCAGUCCUAGGGGAACAGGAACAAUGUGCAAAAGUCUAAGACUGUCAUUCAGUGUGUACACGGUUUGUAAAACCAGUCUUGCUGCUUUGUGUUGUAAGGAAUACAGUAGGAUGUAAGCAGGGCUGAACAUGAGUUGUUUUGGUGAAAUCAGAAUUGGGAGCCUCACAAAAUGUACAACCGCCUACGUUGUACAAACCAACCGAAUUGCACUGAUUUCUCUUGUUUUUGUGUCACUCAUUCUGUGAACUUUUGCUUUGCUGUGAAAGAAAGAAAGAAAGAAAG